CUUCUCAUCACACCAUCCCAUCAUUUCCUUUUCCCCUCUUCUGACUUCCGUCCAUGGCCGCCAUCCCCAUUUCUUCACCUCCUCUCUUCGCUUCCUUCUCCUUCUAACCCCCCAACCACCAAUCCGCCGCCGCAGCUGCCACCGCGGCAGCGAUCAAUAAAUUCAACCCCCUUUCCUCUCCGUCAUACCACCGGCGCAAGAUGAAAAUCCAGUGCGACGUCUGCAACAAGGAGGAAGCGGCGGUGUUCUGCACCGCCGACGAGGCGGCGCUAUGCGACGGGUGCGAUCGCCGCGUCCACCACGCAAACAAGCUCGCCUCCAAGCACCUCCGUUUCUCCCUCCACGUUCCUUCUUCCCCGAAAUCCUUCCCUCUCUGCGACGUCUGCCAGGAUAAACGGGGGUUCCUGUUCUGCCAGCAGGACAGGGCGAUCUUGUGUCAGGAUUGCGACGUCCCAAUCCACACGGCCAACGAGUUCACAAAGCAGCACAGCCGGUUUCUCCUCACCGGAGUGAAGCUCUCCGCCACUUCCGCUCUCUACACCUCCCCUGCCUCCUCCGACACCGUAGAUCUCGUCCCCUGCACUAAGACUACCGCGACUAAGCCUCACCCUCCGCCUACUGUGCCGCCACAGCCUGCGAAAAAGCCAGUGUCACUGUCGACCAACCCUGGUCCUAAUUCAAUCGCCAAGACCUUAUAUUCUUCGAGCAACAACUUACCCAUCAAAGUCGGGGGUAACAGUUCUAACAACAAUAACAACAACAAUAGCUGGAGUAAUAAUAUGUUGGUGGCAGGGGAAGGGUUUGGUGCACCGGCUACGAGCAGUAUUUCAGAGUAUUUGAUCGAGAUGCUCCCUGGUUGGCACGUUGAGGAUUUUCUCGAGAACCCAUCAACCCCUUUUGGUUUCUGCAAGCCUGGUGAUCAUGAAGCUCUACCUCCUUUUACCGCCGGCAGCGAUCUGAUGAGCUCCUUCUCAUCUGAAAGCUCGGGGAUUUGGGUUCCGCAGGCGCCACCAACUCCUCAUCAAUACCCAUCUCUUCAAAAUCAGGAGCAUUAUCAGCAAUUCGGGAUGCAGAAUGGGUACUUCAACAAGGAAUCAAAGGAUCAUAAUCAGGCAGGGAACGGCAAAGCAAACAGAAGCUGGACUAUGGAAGAUGUAUUCACUGUUCCUCAGAUCAGCCCACAGUCCACCGGUUCCAAGAGAUCAAGACCCUUAUGGUAGUAGAGAACUGCAAACAAAACUUCAGCAGCAAGCUUUCCGCUUUUGUAGUGGUUUCUUUUUCGUUUGAUCAUUUCGGGUUUUCAAAACUCAAAAGUAUGAGUGGGUGCCUUUUUCUCGAGUCUUGUUGUUCUUUUGGGUCAUUUUUGUUCUUUCUUUCUCUUUUUCUUGUUGAGGUGCAGGGCUUUCAUUUUAAGAUCGAUCAUUUGGUGUUGUUGUAGCAGUGAAGUAGUACAGUUAGUUGCAUAAAAGAUCUGUAAAUACAUGGGGAUGGAGGCGGAGACCUUUUGUUGUUACCUUUCUAUUACAGCAACCAAUAUGUUGGGGUGGAGAAUCCCAGAAUCUUUGGCUGAGAUGAACUUCCACUAAACCCACUAAGCCAGGGGAACAAAAGAGGAGAUGCAAGUUGUCCUAAGGGGUGUGUGUUUCGAUCCAAUUCAGAACAGACAGGUGAUGGUUGUGGACAGUGAAUACAAUAAAGGUGAAGGUAAUGAGAGAGACAGAGUGAUGGGUGGUUUUGUUUGGUAGUGGAAGGGAGCACAACUUCCAUGGUGGCAGAGUGGGCAAAGAAAGAAAGAAGAAAGCUAUAUAUUAAGCGUUUUUGUUAAAGCUAGCCCAAGGUGGCAGAGUGGGCACUCCAAGGUCCCAAAUCUAUCAGUUGAGAUCGAAUUCAUCCAAG